AUCCAGUGCAUGGAAUUGGGAGCCCAUGCGAAUUUCCUGCAGGAACAAUUGGAGGCUUCCUUCAGCAGCUCUACAUGCUGUGGAAAGGCAGGCCCGUCAAUGAAGAACAGUGGCAAUUGCCAUCUGACGGCAGGAAACCCCUGGCAAUAGUCGUUGAUCAUGGCUUGCGGGAUGGAAGCGAAUUGGAAGCGGCCGCAGUUGCAGAUUGGGCCGAAGAUCUUGGCCUGGAGGCUGUCCUGAGGCAGAUUACCUGGGGCCCAAUGCCGCCCCCCUUGAGCCAGGCGAUGGUCGCCGCGAGGAGGCGGAGGUACAGGGUGCUGUACCGCGCUUGCUGCAAGCAUGGCAUCGGGGUUCUGCUGACAGGCCACCAUGCAGGAGACCAAGCUGAGACGUUCUUACUUCGAUUCAUGCGUGCCAGUGGCAUAGAUGGCCUGGCAGGGAUGCUGGAAGCAUCUGUACUGGAGCCAGGAGCACCGGGGCCACUGUAUGGCAUGUCCUUGCCAUCCGCGAGCUCGCCACCGCUAUUGAUGUUAAGGCCACUCCUCGGCGUCACAAAGUCUGAGCUCGUUCGGGUCUGCGAGGAGCAGGGGCACUUGUGGGUGGAAGACCCACUGAACAGGAGCAACAAGUUCGCUCGCGCCCGGGUGAGGAGCGUACUGCAUCGCUACGACCCUGCAGCUUACGUCCCCGGUGCCAGGGCUGCGGCUGAAGGCGGUGCUGGGAGCUCCAUCAUUGCGGACCUUGUCACCGUGGGGGCGGCCUGCGACCUCGUCCGGCAGCAACAGGAGGAGAGAGUGCAUGGGCUGCUGCGAGAAGUGUGGGCAACGCCGGAACAAAGGCAGGAGGCUGACCCCAGUGGGCACUUCGCGGACUUCCCGCUGCUGAGGGUGGCGCCCUUCGCGCGGUGCGAGCCCCGUGUGGACGUCAGGCUGCUGACGUCGCUGCUGCAGCUUGUCGGGAGCAAGGAGUACCCUCCCAGGCAGCAGGGAGUGGAAAGGCUGGCAUCCCUGCUCAGGCUGGGUCAGCUGCGGGCCACGUACAUGGUGAGCAAGUGCCUCGUGUCGCCGUUGCUGCACACCAAGGGCCGCUUCGUUGCCAUAAGGCCCAUCAAGCCCGAGGAGCGAGAGCGGCGGCACGCAUUCAGGAACCUCGAUGAGCCGGUUCCCCCCCUUCCAAAGGGCUCCACUGGUGCCUAG